AUGUCAACUACAUCACAACAGCGCCUGGCGCUGGCCAUCUGCGACUUUCUAAACACAUCGGCCAAGGAUGGUACCCUUGCCGCCGACGAUAGCGAGUCAAUCGAGGUCGCCGUGAACUGCAUCGCCGAGUGCUUCAAGGUCGACCCCACAGACAAGGCCGCGGUGACCGCCGCCGUCGGCGACCAGAACCUGUUGAAGAUCUACGGCGUCUACGAGAAGCUCAAGGGCGCCGGGUCAAGCAGCAGUGCUGGCAACAGCAGCGCCCCUGCAUCUGCCGCCUCGGCCGCACCCACGGAUGAGCAGAAGAGUCAAGCCGAUGCCCUCAAGUCCAAGGGCAACGCCGCCAUGGCGCAAAAGGACUACGCCCAGGCCAUCGACCUGUACACGCAGGCCCUGGCCCUGCAUCCGGGCAACGCCAUCUACCUGUCUAACCGCGCCGCCGCCCAUUCGGCUGCCAAGGACCACGAGUCUGCACGCGCGGACGCCGAGGCCGCCGUCGCAGUCGACCCCACCUACACCAAGGCGUGGAGCCGCCUCGGGCUGGCGCGGUUCGCGCUCGGCGACGCAAAGGGCUCCAUGGAGGCCUACCAGAAGGGCAUCGAGUACGAGGGCAACGGUGGCAGCGAUGCCAUGAAGAAAGGCUUCGAGACGGCCAAAAGGCGCGUCGAGGAGAUGGACCUGGACACUACGCGCGGUUCCGGGGGUCCGGGCGCUGGUGGCAUGCCCGACCUGAGCAGCUUGGCCAGCAUGUUGGGUGGCGGCGCUGGCCGCGGCGAGGGCGGCGGCAUGCCCGACUUUGCCAGCAUCAUGCAGAACCCCAUGUUUGCGUCCAUGGCGCAGAACCUCAUGAGCAACCCGGACCUGAUGAACAACCUGAUGAGCAACCCCAGGCUCAGGGAGAUGGCCAACUCUUUUGGAGGUGGUGGUGGCAUGCCGGAUAUGUCGCAGCUCAUGUCUGACCCGUCGAUCGCCGAGAUGGCAAGGUCGAUGAUGGGAGGCGGCGGUCCUGGUGCUGGUCCUAAUGCCGGCCCCGGUGCCGGUCGGGGUGGUUCCCAGUAG